GGCAAGGAGGAGAAGGAGGGCGGCGCGCGGCUGGGCGCCGGCAGUCCCGAGAAAAGCCCAAGUGCGCAGGAGCUCAAGGAGCAGGGCAACCGGCUCUUCGUGGGUCGCAAGUACCCGGAGGCGGCGGCCUGCUACGGCCGCGCCAUCACCCGGAAUCCCUUGGUGGCAGUGUAUUACACCAACCGAGCCCUGUGCUACCUGAAGAUGCAGCAGCACGAGCAGGCGCUGGCUGACUGCCGUCGCGCACUGGAGCUGGACGGGCAGUCCGUGAAGGCGCACUUCUUCCUGGGGCAGUGCCAGCUGGAGAUGGAGAACUACGACGAAGCCAUUGCCAACCUGCAGCGAGCCUACAGCCUGGCCAAGGAGCAGCGGCUCAACUUUGGGGACGACAUCCCCAGCGCUCUGCGCAUCGCCAAGAAGAAGCGCUGGAACAGCAUCGAGGAGCGGCGCAUCCACCAGGAGAGCGAGCUGCACUCCUACCUCACGCGGCUCAUUGCUGCUGAGCGUGAGAGGGAGCUGGAAGAAUGUCAGCGGAACCAUGAGGGUGACGAGGAUGAUGGCCAUGUCCGGGCCCAGCAGGCCUGCAUUGAGGCCAAGCACGACAAAUACAUGGCGGACAUGGAUGAGCUCUUCUCUCAGGUGGAUGAGAAGAGGAAGAAGCGAGACAUCCCUGACUACCUAUGUGGCAAGAUCAGCUUUGAGCUGAUGCGAGAACCAUGCAUCACGCCCAGUGGCAUCACCUACGACCGCAAGGACAUUGAGGAACACCUGCAGGUGAGGGCCACCGGGAGUGGGCCGGGGCACAGCCCUCAGGCCUGCCAAUUGCCCUGUAACCCUGUGUCGCCACAGCGUGUGGGUCACUUUGACCCCGUGACGCGGAGCCCGCUGACCCAGGAGCAACUUAUCCCUAACCUGGCUAUGAAGGAGGUCAUCGAUGCAUUCAUCUCUGAGAACGGCUGGGUGGAGGACUACUGAGGCUCCUGUGGCCUUGCUGGCCUCCCGGUCCAGGAGGGCCCUGGGCAGAAGCCCCAACCUCUGUACAUAGGUGUGCCCCAGGCCCCGCCCCUCCAGUUCUGCUGCUGGGCUCUGGACUGCUCCCCUCUUGGCCUAGCUCCUGCUGGACCACACGCCUCCUGUUCUCCCUUCUGGGCUGGAAAAGCAGGUGAGGGUGGGUUGGGCUGAGGCUGCUGCUGUUGUCUCUGUAAUAAAGUCUAUGAGCACUA